AUGUUAACUCUGUGCGCACUGCUCUCUUCUCUUGUGUUAUUGAGUACAUCUGUCCCUUUUCCAAAGACACAGAGAGCUCCCCACAAGCUCCUGCUCAUCUCUUUUGAUGGCUUCCGGUGGGAUUAUGACCAGGAUGUAGAUACCCCCAAUAUGGAUACUAUGAACAGGGAUGGUGUAAAAGCAAAGUAUAUGACACCGGCAUAUAUCACCAUCACAAGUCCUUGUCAUUUCACCCUGUUAACAGGACGAUAUAUUGAGAACCAUGGCGUUAUACAUAACCUGUUUUUCAAUGUUAGCAAUGGACAAAAGGCAUCAUAUCUUUCAACGCAGGGCAUUUCUGAAUGGUGGGACAAUGGCACCCUCCCUAUAUGGAUUACAGCUCAAAGACAGGGGCUGAAAACUGGAUCGCUCUUUUUUCCGGGUGGCAAUGCAACUUACAGAGGCGAAACUGUAAAUGUGAAAAAGGUGGAGCGUACUGGUCACAACUAUAGCAAUGAGACAGAGUGGGAAGAAAAUGUAGAAACGGUGAUGAAGUGGUUCACUGAAGAAGAUCUGGACUUUGUGGCUCUAUACUUUGGAGAACCAGAUGUUACAGGACACAGGUAUGGACCAGAAACUCAGGAACGUAAAGACAUUGUCAGUCAAGUGGAUCGCAUGGUUGGUUACAUACGAAGUCGGGUAAAGUUCUAUGACCUGGAAUCAAGGCUUAAUAUUAUCAUCAUAGCAGACCACGGAAUGGCUACCGUUCAGAAAGGUCCAGAUGAGAUUGUGCUUAGAAAUAUUCCAGGCUUUAACUUCUCUGACCUUGAGUUUCACUUGGUGGAUUAUGGACCAUCUGGACUUAUGUUCCCUAAGGAAGGAAAUCUAGAAAAAGUCUAUCAGGUCCUGAAAGGUGCGCACCCUAAACUACAUGUCUACAAGAAGGAAGAAUUUCCAGAAAGGCUGCAUUACUCGAAAAAUGACAGAAUUGGUCCACUAGUCUUAUAUGGAGAUCCUGGUUAUGUCAUUCAUGCGUAUGCAAAGUUCCAGUUUAAUAACGGUGAACAUGGAUUUGAUAAUGAGGCCAUAGACAUGAAAACCAUAUUCCGAGCAGUGGGCCCUUCAUUCAAACAGGGGCUAUUGGUGGAACCUUUUGAAAGUGUUCACGUUUAUGCAUUAAUGUGCAAGCUGUUAGGAAUCACACCAGAAGUACACGAUGGAUCAUUGGAUGUGACAAGAAACAUGCUACUCUCAAACAUUGAAAAUGAUACAGAUCCCCCAAAAUAUGGUUUACCUGAUGUUAUGUUCCGGGCCACAGUUGGACUGGCUGCUGUAGUGGGAUUUCUCUUCAUAGUGUUCGUCAUUACCACAUUAACAGUGUCAGUCAAAAGACACAAAAAACAAAAAAGUGGCAAUUCAGCUGCCAUCCCGCUCCAGGCCCACUUUCACACAGCGCUCAGCAGAGUCAGCACCCACCAGAGAGACCCGCCCACUCCUGUGUAUCAGAGACCCGACCAUCCAGCGCACAAGGCCUCACGGGUGGAAUGCGGGCGGGAUUAUUCAAAUGAUUCAGGCGCGUACACCACGCCCCCUACCGCCCCGGAAGCCCAGCUAUGCCUCGCUCUUCCAUUGGACAGCCCGGAAGAAGAGGCGCGCGCCUCCGCUCGCUCCCGCGCUGGCUUUGUGUGCUUCUAA